AUGCUUAUCUUUUCUUUUAUUUCGUCUCAUCGCCAUUGCUUCAUCUCUAUUAAUAUCUUUCUAUAUCUUUACGUGAUUUACAUCCCUCCUCUCUCUUUCAAUAUUUUCUUUCUCCUCUCUCACUCUUUUAAAUAUUUCCGUUCAGUCUCCACUCUCUCUCUUUUUAUCUUUCUCCUCUCUCUUUCAAUUAUUCCUUUCCUUCUCUCUAUUUUUAGAAAUCUUUCCUUUCCUUCUCCUUUCUCUAUUUCAAUAUUUCAUUUCCUUUUCCCCCCUCUCUCUCUCUCUUUCAAUCUUUCCUUUCCUUUCUCUCUCGUAAAUAUUUCCUUUCCUUUUCUUCUCUUUCUAUCUUUACUUUCCUUCUCCCCCUCUCUUGCUCUUCCAAACUUUCCUUUCCUUUUUUUUUUCAUUUUCUUCUCUCAUUUUUUAAAAAAAAAAUCCUUUCUUUCUUCUCUCUCUGUUUUUACACUUUCUUUCCUUCUCCCCCACCUCUCUCUUUUCACUUUCCUUCUCCCCCACCUCUCUCUCUUUUCACGCUUUCCUUCUCCUCCCUCUGUCAGUAUUUCCUUUCCUCGUCUUCUCUACUCCUCUCAGACAAUUUCUUUCAAACAUUCUCUCUCUUUCAAAAUCUUCUUAUUCUUUCUCUUUAUCUCCCUUAACCUUUCCUCUCACCCCUCUCUUUCAAUCAUUUACUCUCACUUCACUCUCUCUCCCGCUCUCUCUCUAUCUCUAUCUCUCUCCUGCAUCCCCCCUCUUUAUUCGAUUAAACUAUACGCAUUUUCCAAAUCGAUCACAAAAUACACAUGUUGCAAAAACAUCCGUUUUUAA